GGAGGGGUGGCAGGAGGAGGAGGAGGAGGAGGGAGCUCGAGCGUCUCCGGUGGAUGGCAGCAGGAGAAAAAAGGAGCAGGAACAAUAGAGACAAACCGAGCCAGAGACGGAGAGCAAGAAAGAACGGCACGGAGAACAUGUGAGGAGGCGACCCGCUGGACUUUACGGCGGCGGACUUUCUCUUUUGUUUGGCGGCGGAUUUGACUGAACCGGAUUCCGGCAUGAACCCCGCAGAAGCGGCCGAGGAGGCGCCCAGCGACCCCGACAUUGAUGCCUUCUACAAAACAGGGUGCUUUAGGACUGAUGGCAUCAAGGCGUCUGAUGUUCUUCCUGUGUUAAAAGAGAAAGUUGCCUUUGUUUCGGGUGGGCGAGAUAAGAGAGGGGGGCCAAUUCUCACAUUUCCUGCCAGGAGCAACCAUGACCGAAUAAAACAAGAAGAUCUGAGGAGGCUGGUUACAUAUCUAUCUACUGUACCAAGUGAGGAUGUAUGUAAGCGUGGAUUCACCGUCAUCAUUGACAUGCGCGGCUCUAAGUGGGAACUGAUCAAGCCUCUGCUGAAGACACUUCAGGAAUUUUUUCCAGCAGAGAUCUGUGUCGCUCUGAUCAUCAAACCAGAUAACUUUUGGCAGAAACAGAAGACAAACUUUGGCAGUGCAAAGUUUACCUUUGAGACCAGCAUGGUGUCAGUCGAAGGUCUGUCCAAAUUGGUGGAUCCAUCCCAGCUAACAGAUGACUUUGAAGGGUGUCUGGACUACAACCAUGAGGAGUGGAUGGAGCUGAGGGUGUCACUGGAAGACUUUUUGUCCAAUGCUGUUCACCUACUGUCCAGAUUGGAGGAUCUACAGGAGCUUCUGUCCAAGAAAGAGUUUCCUGUGGAUGUGGAAGGUUCACGCAGGUUGAUAGAAGAACACACACAGCUGAAGAAGAAGGUGGUGAAGGCUCCAGUGGAGGAGCUGGACCAGGAAGGCCAGAGGUUGCUGCAGUGUAUCCGAUCCAGUGACGGUUUUUCAGGAAGGAACUGCAUUUCUGGUUCUGCUGAUUUCCAGAGUCUUGUGCCUAAGGUUGCCAGUCUGCUGGACAAGCUUCAUUCCACUCGGCAGCACCUCCACCAGAUGUGGCACGUCAGGAAGCUGAAACUGGAUCAGUGCUUCCAGCUCCGCCUCUUUGAACAGGAUGCAGAGAAGAUGUUUGACUGGAUCAGCCAUAACAAGGAAGUGUUCCUGCAGAGUCACACUGAGAUUGGACGAGAUUAUCAACUUGCUGUGGAGCUGCAGACUCAGCACAACCACUUUGCAAUGAACUCCAUGAAUGCAUAUGUGAACAUCAACAGGAUCAUGUCAGUGGCAAACCGCCUGGCUGAGUCUGGUCACUAUGCAUCUAGUCAGAUCAAGCAGAUCUCAGGUCAGCUUGAUCAGGAAUGGAAAAGCUUUGCAGCUGCACUUGAUGAGCGUUCCACUAUCCUCGCGAUGUCAUCUGUUUUCCACCAAAAGGCAGAGCAGUUCCUGACAGAGGUAGAAGCUUGGUGUAAAGUCUGCAGUGAAGGUGGUUUGCCAACAGAGAUGCAGGAGUUGGAACUUGCCAUCCACCGCCAUCAGAGCCUGUAUGAGCAGGUCACACAGGCUUACACUGAGGUGAGUCAGGAUGGCAAAGCCUUAUUGGACGUCCUCCAGAGGCCUCUCAGUCCUGGAAACUCCGAGUCUCUGACAGCCACUGCUAAUUACUCCAAAGCGGUUCACUGUAUCUUAGAUGUGGUUCAUGAGGUUCUCCACCAUCAGCGACGUUUGGAGAACAUUUGGCAGCAUCGAAAGGUCCGACUGCACCAGAGACUGCAGUUGUGUGUGUUCCAACAAGAUGUCCAGCAGGUGAUGGACUGGAUCGAAAACCAUGGUGAGGCCUUCCUCAGCAAGCACACUGGUGUCGGAAAAUCUCUUCACAGAGCACGAGCCCUGCAGAAAAGACAUGAUGACUUUGAAGGUGUAGCUCAGAACACAUAUACUAAUGCAGACAAGCUGCUGGAGGCAGCUGAGCAGUUAGCUCAGACUGGAGAGUGCGACCCCGAGGAAAUCUACAAGGCAGCCAGACACCUGGAGGUCCGGAUUCAAGACUUUGUGCGUCGUGUUGAAAACAGGAAAUUGUUGCUGGACAUGUCUGUCUCUUUCCACACUCACACCAAAGAGCUGUGGUCAUGGAUGGAGGAACUGCAGAAGCAGUUGUUAGAUGAUGUGUGCUGCGAUUCUGUGGAUUCAGUCCAAACUCUGAUCCAGCAGUUUCAGCAGCAGCAGACGACCACCCUGGAGGCCACGCUCAAUGUAAUUAAAGAGGGAGAAGAAUUAAUUCAGCAGCUAAGAGAUGCAGCUAUGUCCACAAACAAAACACCCCACUGCAGUUCUAUUGCACACAUCCAGGGGAUGCUGCAGCAGCUGGACGAGGCCCAGGGUCAGAUGGAGGAACUGUGCCAUGAACGCAAAAUCAAGUUGGACAUCUUUCUGCAGCUACGUAUAUUUGAGCAGUAUACUAUCGAGGUCACAGCAGAGUUGGAUGCAUGGAGUGAAGAUCUGUCCCGUCAGCUCACUGAUCCCAGUCGCUCAGGUGGUAGCAGUAAUGGAGGCAGCGGGGGAGGCGGUUCCUCCUCUGGUACCUCCGAUGAUAUUGGCCUUGCGGAGCAGCGACUGAAGUGGCACGCAGAGAGGAAGGCAACCAUGAACAACAUGACCUUUGAAGUGAUGCAACAGGGCCAAGACCUACAUCAGUAUAUCAUGGAAGUUCAGGCUUCAGGGAUUGAGUUGACAGGAGAGAAGGACAUGGACCUGGCCUCUCAGGUCCAGGACCUGCUGGAAUUCCUCCAUGAGAAGCAGCAAGAGGUGGAGCUCAAUUCACAGCACACACAUGCACGUUUGGAGCAGAACCUACAGCUACGUCAUCUACAGGCUGAAGUGAAGCAGGUGUUGGGUUGGAUUCGUAAUGGAGAGUCCAUGUUGAGUGCCAGCAUGGUAAAUGCCAGCUCUCUGUCGGAGGCUGAGCAGCUGCAGAGAGAACAUGAACAGUUUCAGAUGGCUAUUGAGUCUCUCUUCCAUGCUAACUCUCUGCAGAAAACUCAUCAGAGCGCCCUACAGGUCCAGCAAAAAGCUGAGAUGAUGUUGCAGGCAGGCCACUGUGAUCCAGAAGCUAUUAGGAGCUGUGCUGAGAAAGUGGCUGUUCACUGGCAGCAGCUGAUGCUGAAGAUGGAAGACCGUCUGAAGCUGGUCAAUGCUUCUGUGGCCUUCUACAAGACAUCUGAACAGGUGUGCAGUGUGUUAGAGAGCCUGGAGCAGGAGUAUCGUCGGGAUGAAGACUGGUGUGGAGGACAUGAUAAACUCGCAUCCUCGUCUGAGUGCGACCACCUUCUUCCCCUGAUCAGUAAACAUCUGGAGCAGAAAGAGGCCUUCCUCAAGGCAUGCACUCUGGCCCGGAGGAAUGCAGAGGUGUUUCUGAAGUAUAUUCACAGGAAUAAUGUCAGCAUACCUGGAUCAGCCAGUCACACCAGAGGACCUGAGCAACAAGUUAAAGCCAUUCUAAAUGAGCUGCUGCAGAGAGAGAACAGAGUCCUUCACUUCUGGACGUUAAAGAAGAGAAGGCUGGACCAGUGUCAGCAGUACCUGGUGUUUGAACGGAGCACAAAACAGACACUGGACUGGAUCCAGGAGACGGGUGAAGUUUACCUGGCCACACACACCUCACCCGGCGAGAGCAAUGAGGAAACACAGCAGCUCCUUAAUGACUACCAUCUUUUCAGGCUUUCUGCUAAGCAAACCAAGGAGAAAGUAAAACUGCUCAUCCAGCUGGCAGACAACCUGGUGGAGAGAGGCCAUGCCCAUGUGGCAGAACUGAAGCGCUGGGUGAGUACGGUGGACCGCCGUUACCGGGAUUUCUCCAUGCGGAUGUCCAAGUACCAAGAGAGCCUGGAAAGGAGCCUCGGUGUCAGCUCUGAGGACAGUAAAGACUUAGAACUAGACAUUAUCCCUGCAAGCUUGACAGAUGAUCCUGAAGUUAGGCUACGUGAACCCAACCAUGAGAUCAAUGAGGAGAAGAGGAAAUCUGCCAGGAAGAAAGAGUUCAUCAUGGCAGAGCUACUACAGACUGAGAAGGCCUAUGUUAGAGAUCUGCAGGAAUGUCUUGAGACCUACCUGUGGGAGAUGACUAAUGGUGUGGAGGAGGUACCACUUGACAUUGCCAACAAGGAGCACAUCAUCUUUGGAAACAUGCAGGAGAUCUAUGACUUCCACAGCAAUAUUUUCCUGAAGGAGCUGGUGAACUAUGAACAGCUACCUGAAGAUGUGGGUCACUGUUUUGUCACCUGGGCUGAUAAGUUUCACAUAUAUGUGGAUUACUGUAAAAACAAACCAGACUCCAGUCAACUUAUUCUGGAGCAUGCCGGCACCUUCUUUGAUGACAUCCAGCAGAGACGUGGGCUUGCAAAUUCGAUCUCAUCCUGCCUCAUUAAACCAGUGCAGAGGAUCACCAAAUACCAGCUGCUGCUGAAGGAGUUACUCUCCUGCUGUGAGGAAGGUAAAGGGGAAAUUAAAGAUGGCUUGGAAGUGAUGCUUGGCGUUCCCAAGAGAGCUAAUGAUGCCAUGCAUCUCACCAUCUUGGAAGGCUUUGAGGAGAACCUGCAGGUGCAGGGGGAGCUGAUCCUGCAGGACAGUUUCCAGGUCUGGGAUCCACGUUCACUGAUCAGAAAAGGGCGAGAUCGGCACCUUUUCUUGUUCGAGUUCUCCCUGGUCUUCAGCAAGGAGAUCAAAGACUCAUUCGGCAGAACCAAGUACCAGUACAAGAACAGAUUAUUGACUUCGGAAUUGGGGGUGACUGAGCACAUUGAAGGUGACCCAUGUAAAUUUGCCCUGUGGGCAGGAAGAACCCCAUCCUCUGACAAUAAAACUGUGCUCAAGGCUUCCAGCAUUGAAGCAAAACAGGAAUGGAUAAAGAACAUCAGAGAGGUGAUACAGGAGAGGAUGACUCACCUGAAGGGGGCGCUAAAGGAGCCACUUCAUCUGCCUAAGACCCCAGCAUUGAGCAAACCCAGAAAUAACAAUAGGAGGGAGGGAGGUGAAGAUGGAGACAGUCAGGGAGACGGCAGCAGCCAGCCGGACACCAUCUCCAUUGCUUCCAGGACAUCCCAGAACACUGUGGACAGUGACAAGCUCUCUGGUGGAUGUGAGUUGACGGUUGUCCUUCACGACUUCACAGCAGGCUGCAGCACUGAGAUGUCAGUCAGUACCGGCCAGACAGUGGAGCUGUUGGAGCGACCGAGUGAGCAGCCUGGAUGGAGUUUGGUCCGGACCACAGAUCGCAGCCCACCGCAAGAGGGGCUGGUUCCCAGCUCUGCACUGUGCAUGUCACACUCCCGCUCCAGUGUUGAAAUGGACAGUUUUUUUAGUUCGGGAAAAGAUAACUACCCUGUGAGUGGCUCUGAUGGAAAGACUGAGUCAGUGGCAAACCUUCAACCACAGCAGUCACUCAGCUCACUACAGUCCAGCUCUCCUGGUCCCAAACGCUCUGGGAAUACACUGAGAAAAUGGCUGACCAGUCCAGUCCGUCGCCUCAGUCACAGCAGCUCCAUCAAGAAACUUCCCAACAACAAGCAAAAGAAAUCUGGACCAGGAGCAGGGAAGGAGGAGAACAGGAAGAGCAUUGACCUGGGACAGCCAGAAUUUAGCCUUCAUGAUGACAUCACUGAUGAGAGGGUGCAGACUAAGGAUGGGAACAUCCUCUCUAAGUCAUCUGGGAUGCAGAGUGGUGGUGAGGAGGAGCAGGAUGAGGAGACGCACACACCUCUGCCCCCACCCAUGGAGAUCAUCAAGGACCCUUCAGCUCAGGAUGACAAGACUCUAGAACCGGGAGCGUACCCAGGCUUUUCGCCCCUCUCCCAACCAGAACAGCCCACUCCUGUCCAGAGAAACCCUGAGCUCGAGCAGAGAGCCAAAGCUCUGAGAGGACGGAUGUUUGUGCUGAACGAGCUGAUUCAGACAGAGAAGGAUUACGUCAAAGACUUGGGUAUCGUGGUGGAGGGCUUCAUGAAACGAAUAGAGGAGAAAGGUGUCUCUGAAGACAUGAAAGGAAAAGACAAGAUUGUUUUUGGAAACAUCCAUCAGAUCUACGACUGGCAUAGAGAUUUCUUUGUAGGUGAGCUGGAGAAAUGUCUGGAGGACCAGGAGCUACUUCCUGAGUUGUGUGUUUUGCAGGAGAGGAGACUCCAUAUGUAUGUGGUUUAUUGCCAGAAUAAACCAAAGUCAGAGUUCAUUGUGGCAGAAUACGAUAGCUACUUUGAUAGUAUCCAGCAGGACAUUCAGUCCAGACUGAGCAUCAGUGACUUCCUUAUCAAACCCAUCCAGAGGAUCACCAAGUACCAGCUGCUGCUCAAGGACUUCCUGAAGUACAGCUGCAAGGCAGGCAUGGACUGUGAACCAGUCGAGAAAGCAGUGGACUUGAUGUCUCAGGUUCCGAAACUAUGUAACGACAUGAUGAAUUUGGGCCGACUGCAGGGUUUCGAGGGUAAACUGACCAGUCAGGGCAAAUUGCUGCAGCAAGAAACCUUCUUUGUGACGGAGCAGGACGCGGGCGUGUUGUCACGAGCCAAAGAACGGCGGGUCUUCCUUUUUGAGCAGAUUGUCAUCUUUAGUGAGUUGCUCAGGAAAGGAUCAUCCAUACCAGGAUACCAGUUCAAGAAGAGCAUCAAGGUGUCCUACCUGGGUUUGGAAGAAAGUGUGGAUAAUGAUCCUUGUAAGUUCAUCUUGUCGUGUCGUGGAUCGUCUGAGCGUUUCACCCUGCAGGCGGCCAACGUUGACAUCAAGCAGGUUUGGGUCCAACAUAUCCAGGAGGUCCUAGAUGCUCAGAGCAACUUUCUCUCUGCACUCCAGUCUCCAAUCGAGUACCAGAAAGAGAAAAGUGCAGCAACAAGCACCUCCUCCCUGACCAGAAACCACUCAGCUUCUGGCACCCGAUCUGGUCUUGGUACCCACAGCCGGCCGUCCUCAGCAGUGGGGCUUGGAGAGAAGGAGCAGGGGAGGAGCCAAAUGAAAGUGUCUACCUCCAAUGGCGGUCCAUCAUGUUUUGAUUCCAGGGAUCGUGAUGGAAGCUGUAACGGCAUCAGCUCCAACCUGCUGGUGACUCAGGACUACACUGCGCUCAAAGAAAAUGAGAUUUGUGUCAGUCAGGGAGAGACAGUCCAACUCUUGGCUACCAAUCAGCAGAACAUGUACCUUGUUUAUCGAGCAGCCAACAGCCAAUCACCUGCCGCUGAGGGCUGGGUACCAGGCCACAUCUUGGGCCCAUCCACAAAGACCAUUAAAGACUCCUCUUCUGCAUCCUGCUUUUCAGCAGCAGUGGCAGAUGCCAACAACAUCAAGAAAUCUCUGUCGUGGAACACGCUGCGUUCCCGAAAACGCACAGAAGCCAAAGAAGUCACAACAGUGAGGCUCAGAGGUCAGGAGAGCGGCCUCCUCCGUAAGCCCAAAGAAACUACAACCCCUCCCCAGCUUCCCUCUGCAGCCACUGGGGUGAAGGGCAAAGAGGUUCACACUUCAGAGGACUCGGACUGUGAUGAUGACGUUGACCUGAAGACGGGCAUGGAGCUUCUCAACCCAAACUUCAUCCAGGAAGUGGCUCCAGAGUUCCUGGUCCCUUUGUCAGAUGUGGUUUGUGCAUUUGGGGAGACGGUUGUUCUUUGCUGUAAAGUUUGCGGUCGACCUAAACCCUCCAUCACCCUGAAAGGGCCUGACCAGAACCCGGUGACCAGCAACAGUCGCUUCACCAUAGAAAUUAGGGAAACAGGUGACAUCCUCUUGAAGAUUUGUAACCUGAUGCCUCAAGAUACAGGCAUUUACACGUGUGUUGCAGUUAAUGACCAUGGCUCCACCUCCUCCUCUGCCUCCAUUAAAGUGCAAGGUAUCCCAGCAGCCCCUGGGAGGCCAGUGGCUCAGGAAGCCAGCAGUACAGCAGUUAUGGUUCACUGGCCAGCGCCAGCUUCAUCCGCUCACUGCCCUGUCAGCAGCUACACUCUGGAGUACAGACAGGAAGACUCACUGUUAUGGCAGCAGGUCACCAGCAGCAGGGAGGAGUGUGUUCAGAUUGAUGCUCUGAUCCCUGGUGGCCACUACCAGUUCAGGGUACGAGCCUCUAACCGCUGGGGGUUGGGCCCACCGUCUGAAGCCUCCAACAUGAUGAUGCUACCUAGCAACAACUCUGGACAAGAAGGAGCAGGAAUCCAGUGGAAAGAAAACUUUGAGUCGACUUUCUCUGAGAUCUGUGAGAUUGGAAGGGGACGGUUUUCAGUGGUGAGAAAAUGUCUCAACAAGACCACCAAGAAAGAAGUCGCAGUGAAGUGUGUGAGUAAAAAGAUGCAGAAGAAGGAGCAGGUUGCUCACGAGGUCGACAUCCUCCACAGUGUGCAGAAUCACCACAUGGUGGCGAUAUUGGACACAUAUGAAUCUCCCACUGCCAUGAUGGUGAUUCUUGAACUCAUGGAUGAUGGUCGUCUACUCGACUAUCUUGCUGCCCAUGAUGAGCUGAUGGAGGAGAAAGUGGCGUUCUUCAUCCGAGAAACUCUGGAGGCGCUGCAGCACCUUCAUACCUGCCGAGUCCUGCACUUGGAUGUGAAGCCUGAGAACAUCUUGGUUGACCUCCAUGCUCAGAUCCCAUCCAUCAAGCUCAUCGACUUUGGCGAUGCUGUCCGACUGUCUGCCCACCGCCGCUAUGUCCACCUCCUGCUUGGCAACCCAGAAUUUGCUGCACCCGAACUCAUCUGUGGGACACCAGUCUCUGUUGCGACAGAUGUGUGGAGCGUCGGCGUAUUGACUUAUGUAAUGCUCAGUGGUGUUUCUCCAUUUCUUGAUGAGUCACCUGAGGAAACCUGUGUCAACAUCUGCCGCCUGGAUUUCUGCUUCCCAGAUGAAUAUUUCUGUGACGUGAGUCAGGCGGCGAGGGAUUUCGUGUCUUCUGUGCUUCAGCAGGACCCACGGAAGAGACCAAGUGCUACUUGCUGUGUGCAACACCCAUGGGUGGGCCGUGGGGGUGCACAUUGGGCAGAGUAUUCUAAAACACCUCUGGAUACAACACGACUGGCCACGUUUAAUGACCGAAGAAGACAGCUACAUGACAUACGGCCCGUUACGAAUAUCAAAGGACUUUUGAGCAGCAGCAUUGGUAACACACUGUGAUGGAAAGGAUCCUCCUCAUUAGGGAAAAACCUGCCAAACUAUCAGUACAGUUCUGACUGCUGAGGUGUUUUCAGGAAAAGGACAGCCUGACAUGGCUGCACGUGAAAAUAAAUACCCCAAUCAUCUCCUUCUGGGACAUAGUUUUUACAAUCUGUUGGCCAAGCGUCCACCUCUAAACCUAAAGACCAAUUCAAAACAGAUACAGCAUCCCUUUUUAACAAAUAUAGAUUAAUCAUGUUCUUAUAAUAUGGCAAAACAUGUCAUUUGGAUUUUGAUACUAAAACUAAGAAACUGACAAUAUCAGUAAACACUAUGAGUUUAUGUGAUUGUUAUUUUUGAGCAUAAUAUUGGUUGUUCCUGCCAAUUCCAGGUUCAUUGUUGAGCUAAUAUCAAAUUGGUUCCAUGAUUAUAUUGUGAACUAUUGCUUCAUGUUUAUUUGGGGGCAAAGUGCCCUCGCUCAGGGACAUUUGGGAUGUGGCGUCCACUGAUUUGUUUCCAGAAUCACUUGUCUUUAACAAAUGUUCAGUGGAAAUUGUCUAAUGAUGUAUUAUUGUAAUGAAUGUAUUUGCUUGGAUUCAGGAAGACUGGAUUGUAA